GUACGGAGGGCUGAAUGAUGAGAUUUCUCGUGACCGAGCCAACCUGGAUGUCUAUGGCAAGAUUCUCCUUUAGCCGCCUCCCAUCAUGACAUCAACACUGCGGGGACGCGCUGAGCCAGAGUCUGCAGCAGAACGCCAGUGCGCAAAGUUUUUUGAUAUUGUUGAGUGAUUGGUGGUCUGUCGGGAUGUACGAGUCUCAGAUUAAAGCGUUCAAGAAGGCAGAGCCCAAAACGCUUGGCGCUGUUCAGAUCGUAAUUGGAUUUUUCACUGUCAUUUUGAGCACAAUUGUCUAUAAGCUGCAUUAUCACAUCCAGCGUGAAAUCAUCAUCCUCAUCAUCAAUGGUGCUCAGCUCGUCAUAACUGGAAUUAUUCUGGUGCAUACUGGGAGGAGGCCAUCUAAACGUUUGGUGCUGACAACCAUCGUUCUGCAGUUACUAACAGCAGCAUUUGAUGUUGUUGGAUUUGGGCUCAUGGCCAGACACAUCCCAUUCAGAGGAGAGUCGUACUACUACAGGGACACUGAGUGGUGUUGUGACCCACUUCACUCUGUUUGGGCUUGCUGUGGAGAAGGAGAGAGAGGUGGACAGAAAGAGUUCUUAGUGAACGGUAUCUUGGGAACCCUGAUCGGUGUUCUUGUGCUAGCGUGUAUCAUUGGUUUGGUUGUAUCUCUCUUCGGAGUUUACUCUCUUUCUGUUAGUGCCAUAAAGGAGCUGACACCCAUCCCGCAUUCAACAGCAAACCAACAUUAUGGUGCUGGCCUUCAUGCCCAGAAUGCGAUUCAUUCUGGAAACUGACAGAAUAAAAGACCUUUAAAGCAGAAUGGCACAGUUUUAGCACAGUUUUACACCAUCUGAAAAAAAGAGGACUGUUUCACCUACAAAACUCACAGGUAAACUACGGGGAAAAAAAAACUUUUGUGAUGUUGUAAAUAGUGUUUUGGACGUAAAACAGAAAUCUCGUUUUUGCUUGGCUGCUGCUGUCACAGGCUUUAGGAUUGCUGUAGUUUAAAAGCUCUAGUUAAUAGUUAUCCGUACCUCGGUUGAUUUUGCACUUAUAAACUGUAGCUUCCUAGCAUGAAAUGCAAAUCAAAUGUUUACCCAGAAAUCUGGGCCAGAAUCCAGUGUUAUACAUGUAUGUUAAUGGGGGACAUGUAUUCGUCUUUAUCUGAAAGUUUGUGAAAUUCAGCUUUAGGUACAUUAGGUACAGAACAUUAUGAAGAAAUUACGGUGAAUAGAAACGGUAAGACAGAUCUGUGAUAUCUUCUUGUUUUGUAGCAUUUUGUACCACCUUUUGCAUGCAUCUUUAUAUGGGUCAACAUGGCCACAUGAGGACAUGCCGGGAAACAUUUAUCAAGUUUCUAUUUCUUAAAAUGAAUUUAAACAUGUAAGCUAAAACUACUGUAAGCAGGCCAGAGGACAUUUUAUUUACUUACGAAAUAAAUAAUAAAAGUGUUCAACAUAAACGAAAAGCUUGAUAAAUGUGGCUUGUGUUCAAAGGAUCAUCUCUAUAACAGAGAAAUCUGAAUUUCAACACCAGUGAAAAUCUAAACAGCAUCGCUUGGCAAUUUUUUGUCAUCUCGUUUUAUCCGUACUGAUUCUUCAGGAAAGCUAUGAUGACUGCCAACUCUGUAAGUGCCACCACUUGUGACCAAAAUAGUGGACACCCCAAUGACUAAAGGUCAGAGGUUGAACCCUCAGUCAAGGGCUCGACUUUGGUGAUGUUAAAUCCUCUUGUGGAAGCAUGUGUCGUCUGUUCUGUGUCAGUAGAUCUUUGUCAUUGUGACAGCAUGUGAGAUUUACAUUGUGCCUGUGGUCAGUGAUCUCUCUUGACGUGUAGUAACAUGAAAAUGUAGUAUGUAGUAACUUGGCUGUGUUGUGUUUGUAUUUGACUGAUAUUUCAAAUAAACUUGAUUUACUACACAA